UUUUCCUAUUUACGUCUACUUUAUAAUAUGCAAUAUAUGGUGCAGGCUUAUAUUGUUUACAUGGGAAACCGGCCAGAGGGCGAAAUCAUCUCCGCCUCUGCUCUUCACUUAAGCAUGCUACGGGAAGUUCUUGGCAGCAACAUUGGUCCGGAAUCUCUACUGCGUAUCUUCAAGAGAAGUUUCCAGGGAUUUGUGGUGAAGCUGACUGAGGAUGAAGCUCGAAAAAUGGCCAUGUUGCGGGGCGUAGCAUCAGUAUUUCCAAACCGAAAGAGAAAUCUCCAUACAACAAGGUCAUGGGAUUUUAUAGGUUUUCCUCGACAAGUUCGAAGAGCAACAAUUGAACGUGACAUCAUCGUCGGAGUACUUGACAGUGGAAUUUGGCCGGAGUCUGCUAGCUUUGAUGAUAAAGGAUUCGGCCCACCGCCCACCAAAUGGAAGGGCACUUGCCAAGCCUCCUCCAAUUUCACUUGCAACAACAAAAUCAUAGGGGCAAAAUACUACCGAAGUGAUGGACAAUUUCCUCCAGGUGAUAUAAUUUCUCCAAGGGAUGGGAAUGGCCAUGGCUCGCACACUGCAUCAACAGCAGCCGGUAACUUGGUUAGCAAGGCAAGCCUAUACGGGCUUGCCAGGGGAACCGCCAGGGGCGGCGUCCCAUCAGCUCGUAUUGCGGUGUACAAAGUAUGCUGGUCAGACGGUUGCUACGAUGCUGACAUUCUUGCUGCAUUUGAUGAUGCCAUUGCUGAUGGCGUAGACAUUAUAUCUAUUUCAAUUGGAGGGCCAACUUCUAAAGAGUAUUUCGUUGAUGUAACGGCCAUUGGAGCUUUUCACGCCAUGAGGAAGGGGAUAUUAACGUCUGUUUCUGCUGGCAAUGAUGGCCCUUCUCCUGGUAGUAUCACCAAUGUUGCUCCAUGGUUUCUUUCUGUGGCCGCUAGCACCAUUGAUAGGAAGUUUUUUACCACGCUGCAAUUGGGAAACAACCGAACUUACCAGGGAGUAUCAAUAAACACAGCUACUCUUAAUGGUAUGCCUCCUCUUAUUUAUGGCGGAGAUGCCCCAAAUACUUCUGCAGGUUACACAAAUUAUUCGUCAAGUUUUUGCUCUGAGGACUCGUUGGAUCGAAAUUUGGUGAAGGGAAAAAUCGUUGUUUGUGAUAUUCUGGAUACAGGGAAAGGACCAUUUUACGCUGGAGCAGCUGGUGCUCUGAUGAUUGGCGAAAACGAGAGAGACGUUGCAUUCAAUUUUCCCUUGCCUACAUCUUACAUUGACACAGCCGAUGGUGACAAAGUUAUGCGCUACCUACGCUCAACCAGCAAAGCGACUGCAACUUUGUUUAAGAGUCAUGAAGCUAAGGACCCAUUGGCUCCUUAUGUAGUCUCAUUUUCCUCCAGGGGUCCAAAUCCUGUAACCUUGGAUAUUCUGAAGCCAGAUUUAGCUGCCCCAGGAGUUGACAUUCUAGCUGCGUGGUCUCUUGUUAACCCGAUUUCUGAAACUAAAGGGGAUAAUAGAUUUGCUCCUUACAAUAUAAUCUCGGGGACAUCAAUGGCUUGCCCACAUGCUACUGCGGCAGCUGCCUACGUCAAAUCCUUUCACCCAACAUGGUCUCCUGAUGCUAUCAGAUCCGCUUUAAUGACUACUGCUACUCCUAUGAGUUCAGAAUCAAACCCCGAAGCUGAAUUUGCUUAUGGCGCAGGCCAAAUAAAUCCCAUUAGAGCUCUAAAUCCUGGUUUGGUGUAUGACACCGAGGCCAUUGAUUACAUAAAAUUCUUAUGUGGCCAAGGAUACAACAACUCAAUUCUUCGGCUUGUUACAGGUGACAACAGUAGUUGCUCAAAAACAAUUAAUGGAACAGUUUGGGAUCUUAACUAUCCUUCGUUUGCAAUUGCCGCCGAAACAUCAAGAUCACAGAGUAUUAGUCAGGUCUUUAAUCGCGUUGUAACGAAUGUCGGAUCGCCAUCGUCUAUUUAUAAAGCUUCUGUGACAACCCCGGAAGGACUCAAAAUCCAGGCAAAACCUGACACUCUAAAUUUCAGAUCUCUGGGAGAAAAGCAAUCCUUUAAACUCACCGUUGAAGGAGCAAUAGGCCAAUCCGUAGCGUCUGCUUCUUUAGUCUGGGAUGAUGGUGUUCAUCAAGUGAGGAGCCCCAUCAUUGUGUAUCUUGUGUCAAGCUAA